GCCUUUAACCCCGCCCCACUCCUCAGCGCUCCGCCUCCGUUGCCCCUAGCGUCUGUUUGUUGACUUCCGGGAGCUCCUAAGUGUUCGAUGCCAAGAGGGUCGCGAUGGGGGCCCCAGGGGCUAAGGCAGUACCUUAGGCCCAAUCGAGUGGCCCCUGCUGUCUUUCCGAGGCCGGCACGGAUUCCCUGCACAGUCUUCGGCAUGGCGGAGGCUGAGCUGCUGGUGCCGGGUGAGUGGCGCCCUCGGUGGCGGCGGCUGGCCUGGAGGGAGGGUCCGCGGGCGGGCAGGAGGCCAGGCCCCGCCUCCGGGCCGGCCCUGUCGGGGUACAGGCCGCAAGCUGAAGCGGUUCGCCGAAACAAUAAAGGCAUUGUGUAUGCAGCUGGAGGAAAUAAUGAAGGACAGUUAGGACUUGGUGACACUGAUGACAGAGACACUUUUCAGCCAAUUGGCUUCUUUACAUCGAAAGAUAGCAUUAAACAGCUCUCUGCUGGUGCUAAUACAUCAGCUGCCCUGACUGAGGAUGGAAAACUUUUUAUGUGGGGUGACAAUUCUGAAGGGCAGAUUGGUUUAAAAAAUAAAAAUAAUGUGUGUAUCCCCCACGAAGUGACCGUCGGGAAGCCGAUUUCAUGGAUUUCUUGUGGAUAUUACCAUUCAGCCUUUGUAACAAUGGACGGGGAACUGUACACAUUUGGAGAACCUGAGAAUGGAAAAUUGGGCCUUUCCAAUCAGCUACUCAUCAAUCACAGAUCACCACAGCGUGUGUUGGGGAUUUCUGAGAAGGUGAUUCAAGUAGCCUGUGGUGGAGGACACACUGUGGUCCUCACAGAGAGAUAUGUGUAUGCCUUUGGGCUGGGACAAUUUGGUCAACUGGGCCUUGGCACAUUUCUUUUCGAAACAUCAGAACCCAAAGUCAUUGAUCGUGUUAAGGACCAUAAUAUAAGUCAUAUUUCCUGUGGAGAAAACCAUACAGCUUUGAUGACGGAUUUAGGCCUUAUGUUUACUUUUGGAGAUGGCCGACAUGGAAAAUUAGGACUUGGAAUGGAGAAUUUUACCAAUAAGUUCCUUCCUACUUUGUGCUCAAACUUUUUGAAGUUUACAGUUCAAUUGAUUGCUUGUGGUGGAUGUCACAUGGUAGUCUUCGCCACUCCACGACUUUCUGCAAUAGACGACAAUGAAUAUGAAGAAGUGUAUGAGCCUCAUCUAAGUACAUGUCCCUUGUCCUUCAGUGAUCUCUCCCCAGGAAGUUCACUGAAUACAUCUUUAUCAGCACGCUUGCGGCGAAGAGAGCGGGAGAGACCCCCAUGCUCUACUUCAGUGACGGCAACACUGCCUCCAUUAGAGGGGACUUCUACCUCCACUUCAACUUCUUAUUUUUCCCCCAGUUCAAUCCCUUUCCGUUUGUCUAUGAACAGUUAUGGAGACAAAAGCCUCUCGGACUCCGGGGAGCCACUGGACCCAGAUUAUUUUGAAGAUAAAAUGAACAGAGAGACAGAGACAGAGACAGAAACAGAGACAGAAAAUUCUUCAGCAGUGGAUUCAGAAAACCUUAGUGAAACUACUGACAUCCUAAAUAUGACACAUAUGAUGAGCCUGAGUUCCAAUGAGAAGUCAUUACAAUUUUCACCAAUUCAAAAACAACAGAAUCAAGAUGCGGUUGAGAAAGUGAUGGAAAGUACAGCUUAUACUGAAAAUGAGGAUAGUUAUGAAUAUGAAGAGAUGUCAAAAAUAAAAGAAGGGACAGUAUACAAACAAUAUUUAGCAAAAGGGAUUUUCAUGAUUCGCCCAUCUGAGAUCAUGGGAGCAUUUUCAGAUGAGGAAGUAGAUAAUGGCCUAGAGCAUGUGGGGCCUCAGUUCAACAUUGAUGAAAAGGGCUUACAAAAAGAGGAACUAGAAAAAGAAAGUGAUGAAGAAAUAGUCUCUGAGAAGAAUACUGAGGUGAUGAGAAUGACGAGUAUGGACAAUAUUAGAAAAGGGGAAGAGAACGCAAGAUCAGAUUCAUUUUUUGAUGACUUACCAGAUAAUGACGUGAAUUCUGGGAGUGAAGACAAUAAAGAUAUUGCUGAGGAAAAGAAAAACAGUGAGCAGAAUUUGAUCUUUGACAGUGAAACAGAAGUGGUAGAAGAACCAGACAGUUACAUGGAAUGUGAAAGGUACAGUGAGCAAGACAGAGCUAAGGAGUUGGAGCAGCCCACGUCAAUAGAAUCUAGUAGUGAAGAAAAGGAUGAUGAUGAAGUGGAAACUGAGCACGACUUAUGGUACAGCAGGAAAUGUGCUGAACAAACAAUUGAGAAUGAAUCCAACACAGCCAGAUUUGUCCCAAAAUAUGAUCUUAAGUAUGACCACUUGUCAGGGAUACCAGAGGAGCAGGAAGGACCAGACAAUUCAGAAGGAAAUAUAGUAGUGGAUCAAAUGAUACAGGUCCAAGAGGAAGAUGUGAAAUUGGAAGGAGAAAGAAAGGAGGAGAAAGCAGAAACCCUGUCAGAAGUCUUUACAGAAAAAGAGGAUCAUCCAAUUUCAGAAAUUGUGGAACCAGAACUAGAAAACACGAGUGAUGAAAUUAGUGCCCAAAGUGUAGAAGACAUUGUAGAAGAAGAAACGGAGGAGGAGAAGAAUGAAACUGUAGUAGAAGAAGAAAGUUCACCUGAAGAUGGCCUUCCUGCAUCAGAAAGUUCUGAAACUACUGAUACUGUGGGUGACAGCUCAGCCGAAAUCUUAAAAGAGGAAGACAGUGUCAACCUACUGCAACGGACCCUUAGUGAGUACAACGAAAAUCCAAAAGGACACAUGUAUGAUCGUAUAAAGAGCAGUUCUUCAGAAGUUCUGGGAGGUAAUGAAUCAGCAAAUAAAGACAUAAAAAAGUCUAAGAAGAUUUCCUUCUUUAAUCGGAUGUCAUUGACAGGUCAGAAAAUGAUGCAGAGUACUAAUGAUCCACUCCCAGAGAUAAAGCCAAUAGGAGACCAAAUAGCCUUACAAAGUGAUAAGAAAGAUGCCAACCAGAACCACAUGGGUCAAAAUCUUCAGGAUACUGCAACACCAAACAUGGAGGGAAAAUCCAAAUCCUGUGCAAUACUAUAAAUGUAUGUUUAUCAUUCCAUGGUCACCGAGCACAUUUGUUCUUCAUACUUGAAAAAUGUUAUGACUUCUGAAGGAAAUUUCCUGAUAACAUGAUAACAUAUAAGUUAAUAUGUCUUGCUUGGUUUGAACAGUAUGAACAGUUUUAAUAUUUAUUUAUGCUAAUAUUCUUAACGCGCAGUUUCCAAAAUACAUGUACCUCCAAUUCUCCUUGAAGUGUUCUGGCCUUAACUGUUCAGUGUUGCAUAAAACAAUAUAUUUUUAUAUUUGAAAACUGAAUGAAGAUAUUUCAUAGUUUUGCUAACACCAUUAUAGUUCUUUGUAAUUUCCUAAGACAAUGUUCAUGAUCUUACAACACUGGAACAGUUUUGAAUAUAUUUACAACAUUUAAAAACAGGCAAAGUUGUAAUGAACUUAUUUUAAUAAAUUAUAUCUGGUUGGUUCUACUAUUAAAAUGGGUAAGGUAGUUGGAUGUGUUCAUUGGUCAAUAAGGGACAAAAAUUAAUUUUGAAUAUCAAAGAAGAGGGUGGAGAGAGCAUUUGAUUUUCUUACAGAGGACUUGAGCUUGGUUUCUUCAACCUACAUGAUGGCACUCACAACUGCCUAUGCCUUCAGUUCCCGGAGAUCUGAUGCCCUCUUCUGACCUCUGGAGGUACCAGGCAUAAACAUGUUACACAGACAUAC